AUGCAGUAUCCUCUUCUCCUCGUCGCUGCUUUCGCGACCGCCUCAAUCGCCGCCCCAGCUGCAGGUCCCCCUGCGAGCACGCAGGGCAAGGAGGACGUAACAAAGGAGGUCGGGAAGCUAGCAGAAGAGGCCUGUCCUCGCGAUCAGUUGGUUUACAGCAGCCGUGGCGGCCUUUUGCUGCGGCAAGAAGACUGUAAACGCUACGCAGAUAAGUGUUUACAGGGCGGCAUAAUUGAGCCAGCUAAACUCAAGGAAUGCAUUAACGACGCACGCAUUAAAAGCAAAAAACCUGCGCAGUGCCCUAAGGAGCCAGCAAAGGAGGCCUAG